UUAGUAUCGGAGCUCGAAGUUCGACCAGAAGAAGAAACUUCGUCGAAAUCCUCUACAGAAGUUGCUUUUCCAUAUGCUACGUAUUUUAAGCAUCGUACUCGAAAUGUUCCCGGCGCUGCUACCUACACAAAGGAUACUGGCCACUCAACCGAAGCAGUUAUGGAUCACGAUGAAGUCAAGGAUCCGCGCCCGUUCACCUACCUUUCAACUUACCACGACCGUGAGCUAGUUGCUGCACCAUGGCAAGCUCGAAUCUACGGGAAGAUUUUUAAUGAUAGAAAAGCUAGUAAUUUAUAUGAACCACUCCAAUGA